AUGGCCAACACUCACGAUCGCAGCUUGGAAGUCACAGUCAUCUCCGGCGAAGACCUCCGCAUCAACAACAGGCCCAUCAAAAACAACGCCUUCGUCACCGUCAAGGCCGACUCUUGCUGCUCGCCAUCGUCACACGACUCGACUAAACCGGACGCGCGGGGUGAGAGCUACCCUUACUGGAACGAGAAACUCCACGUGGAAUUGCCCGCAGGAUCGCGCUACGUCGUCGCCGAGGUCCGCCGGAGGAGCUCCUCGGCUGAGGACAGUCUUGUUGGGACGGCGAGGAUUCCCGUGUCGGACUUCAUCGGAGGCUACACGCCGGAGAAUUAUCUGCAUUUCUUGAGUUACAGGCUGAAAGACGCCAAAGGCCUACGCAAUGGGAUCAUCAAUAUCUCGGUGAGGGUCGUCACGUCGUCGUAUAAAGGGGCUUCGUCAUCUUCAUCGACGUCGGUGCCAGAGUUCAGGAUUCCGGUGGAUCAGGAGAAGUCCGGCGGGACGGUGACCGGCGUGCCAGUUUGGUAUCCCAAUCAAUGCAAAUCUUGA